AUUUAUCGCUAUCUCCGAGAGAGAUGCGCCCAGCGGAACAGGGGCUACAGCAAUGAGAUCUCCUCGCACCGCAGAGGAAACCACUCAAACCUCCAUGGACAUGGGUCCUUCUUCUGCAGUGGGGAAGGCUCGAUCAUUUACAGCCGGGACGCUUCAUCCUGGCAGCCCAUGUCAACGUUGUCCACCUACAACGCUGCAGGGCGGUACAGAUGUGACGGCGAUGGAUCUGUUGUAAUAACCAGCGGCAACAGCGGGGGGACGUCUGGCUGGGGCGCUGCAGGGGGGACAGUCCCAGUCUAUGGACGGAACCCCUUUGUCAGCUCCGGGGGUGGUGGAGGAUCCACCUGCCAUAGUGAGAGAUUGGGCAUCGCUGGGGGAGGAGGCAGUGGGUCAGGGUACAGUAGCAGAGGACUGGGCUACGGCAUCGGGGGAUACUCAAGCCCAGAGCUCAGCUACGGAGGCGGUGGGUGCUCCCAGGCCAUACAGCAGAAAUGCCCUGUGGUCAUUCCCAACAUUGACACUCAACAGAGCAAGAGGGCG